AUGGAUAAUAUCACAUAUCGUGCCUCCUUUAUUCAAUCAUCUAUAAAACUAGCAAGAUUGUAUGGCUUCGAGGGUCUCGAUUACCUUUUGUCCCCUCCCGGUGAUGAUUCCAAUGUAACCAACUUGGUUAGUCUCCUAUACGAGUGGCGAACAGCCAUCAUAGAUGAGGCUAGGGUUUCCAACCAGACUAACCUGAUCUUAACCCUACAUGUUAGACAUUCACCAUACCUCCUCAACUACCUAACAUAUAGCAUUGACUCGAUCAUGAAUGGUGUGGAUUGGGUCCAUCUGUUGCCAUCGUUAUCAGAUACAUAUUUCCCGAACAAUGCGAACACCACGAGCGCUCAUGCAUCACUCUACAAUCCUAAUCCGAAUGGUAUGAGUGCAGAUCAAGUGAUAAGAAGUUGGAUCAACUUGGGAUUGACUGCAAACCGAAUAGUCCUCGGCAUUCCUUAUCAUGGUUACGCUUGGAAAUUGAAGAAUGAGGAGAUUAAUGGGAUAGGAGCUCCGGUUAAUGGGCCGGCUAAUGGAAGGGGUAUUGGAGAUAGUGGUUGGAUAAGCUACAAGGAUGUGAAGGAGUAUGUUAGGUCAAAUGGGGAGAAAAAAGUUGUUAAAGUUUACAAUUCAACUUAUGUUAUGAAUUACGUCGCUAUAGGGUCAACAUGGAUAGGCUAUGAUGAUGUGGAAGCUGUCCGGGCUAAAGUUAACUAUGCAAAAGAGAGAGGCUUAAUGGGAUAUUAUGCUGCACAGAUUGAUUAUGAAGAUGCUAACUGGACCCUUUCUCGAGCAGCUGAAGAAGAUGAAAGAUAUACAGAUAUAUCAAGUAAUGAGAUUGGUUUGAUGGACAUGGACAACGGUACUCAAACUCCAAACUUAAAAGUCUUCAGCUUUGCAACCAUUCAAGCUGCCACAAAAAGCUUUUCACAAGAAAAUAAGCUUGGCCAUGGCGGUUAUGGACCAGUUUAUAAGGGUAAAUUAAAGAGUGGGCAUGAAAUUGCGGUCAAAAGGCUUUCAAAGAGUUCAUUACAAGGCUUUGAAGAAUUCAAGAAUGAGGUCAUAUUUACAGCUAAGUUACAACAUGUCAACUUAGUAAAGGUUAUGGGUUUUUGCCUAGAGAAGGAAGAGAAGAUGCUAAUAUAUGAAUUUAUGCCAAAUAAAAGCUUAGAUCAUUACUUAUUUGAUUCGAGAAGACGAUUGCUACUAAAUUGGGAAGUACGUGUUCAAAUAAUUGAAGGAAUCACUCAAGGAUUGUUGUACCUUCAAGAAUACUCAAGAAUGACCGUGAUUCAUAGAGAUAUCAAAGCAAGCAAUAUUUUGCUCGACAAUCAAAUGAAACCGAAGAUAUCAGAUUUUGGGAUGGCUAGAAUUUUCAAAGAAAAUGAGUUUGAGGCAAUAACAAAUAAUGUUGUUGGAACUUAUGGAUACAUUCCACCAGAAUACAUAAGUCAUGGUAUUUAUUCAACUAAAUCGGAUGUAUAUGGUUUUGGGGUUUUAAUCUUGCAAAUCAUAAGUGGCAAAUCAAAUAAUUUCUUAUAUGGAGCCGACGAGAGUCUCAGUUUUCUAGAAUAUGCAUACAAGCUAUGGAGAGAAGAUAGAGGUAGAGAGUUCAUGGAUACAACAUUAGAUGAUACUACUUCCACGUAUAAAUUGACAAAGUUCUUGCAAGUGGCUCUCUUGUGCGUUCAAGAAUGUGCGAGCGAUAGACCAUCUAUGCUUGAAAUUUCAUCUAUGCUUAGAAAUGAAACCGUUGCUAUCAAAACUCCAAAAACACUUGCUUUUUCGAUAAAAAGAGAUUAUGUGACCCCGGAAAGUUGUUUAUUGAAUCAAGGAACCCAAAUAUCAUCCAAUGAUUUUACCAUCACAGAGAUUGUUGCAAGAUGA